AUGGGAGAAAAUGAAUAUCCCGAAGCAUACAGGCCUCCUCCUAAAAAACCAAAAAAGGUAGAAGUGGAUUAUACAGGAAAACCACUUUACUGCACCGAUAUACAUAAAGUACAAACAAGAGAUGCGAAGAUAACAAGCUACUACCUUAUUGAAUACGGCCCCUUCUAUCUUAUACCAAGACAUAAAGAAGUAAUUUAUAAAUUGUUCUGUACAGACGCAAGUUCUUAUGAAACACGUGUUACGGUGUGUGAUUAUGAAGAAUCUCCGCUAGUGGAUAUAGGAGUAGAAGAAUCACAUUUGGUGAUAUCCCGGCAAGAUUUCAACAGAGGGAAGUAUCUAGGAAAUGCCGUCAUCAACGUCACGCAGAAAUGUCCAUUACAGAAGUCUAAAAAUAUAUUUUACGGAUCGAAUCCUCGUUCAAUGGAAUCCGGUGGAAAAAUUAAUCCGAAAAAACUCAAUUAG